GGUAGCCUGGACUAUUUUGAAUUCCGUCCCGCUUUUCGAAGUUUACAUUAAGUCUAGUCAGUAAAAUGUCUUAUUAUUCUGGAUAUAACACACGAUAAGUGAACCUCUAUCAUGGAUUCCGUCUUGGGGACUGAUUUGACGCUCCCCGUUGACAUCAACGGAAGCUGCAGACUGCCAGACUCCAUAGAUGCAGGAGAAUACUCCUCAGACAGCAUGACAGCUCCAUCCUUCCCUGACAAGAUGUCCCCGAGCAAAGCCCUCACCAUGAAGGACUAUGAGAAUCAAAUCACAGCUCUGAAGAAGGAGAACUUUAACCUGAAGCUGCGCAUUUACUUCAUGGAGGAGCGCAUGCAGCAGAAGUGUGACGACUCCACUGAGGACAUUUUCAAAACGAACAUUGAGCUGAAGGUGGAGUUGGAGUCAAUGAAGAGAGACCUGGCAGAGAAACAUGAACUGCUCGUCUCUGCAUCGAAAGCGCUGGAGAGUCUGGCUGGUCGAGAGUCAGGAGAACUCCAGCGUGUGAGAGAGCACGCUCAGAGAGACAUGGGUGCACUGCGAGAUGCAUUCAGCAAGAGGAUCGCUGACCUAGAGCAGUGUCUGCGAACGUCAGAGGGUGAGGUUAACAAGAUGGCAGCCAUCGCUGAGCAGGAGAAGCUGAAGAAUAUUAACAUGGAGAAGCAGCUUCACGCCCUGGGACCACCGAGCACCUUCACCCCCGUCCCCCUCCCCGUCCAGGACCUGCAGCAGGCCCUGCAGGAGAAAGACAAUGUCAUCGAGCAGCUGAAGAUCACGUUGCAGGAGCAGGAAGCUGUGAUCCUCCAGAAGCAAAGUGCUGACGCAGCUGAACCGUCAGCCGUUAAACAACUUUCUGAUCUCAUGGCCAAGAAAGAUCUGGAACUUGAGGGACUGAGGCACGAGCUCCGCAGAGAGGACAGAACCGCACCGGACCGGCAGAGUGAUGUCAGGCGAGUGGAGUCCUGCAAUAAGCUGCUGUCUGAAAAGCUCACCCAGACAAAAAGCACCAACGACAACCUGACUAAAACACUGGAGGAUACCCAGAAUCAAAACAAGUCCCUGUUAGGGCAGCUGGAGGAGAAGGACAAUGAACUCAACUCUGAGAAGAAAAAUGGUCUAAAGCGAGACAAAACCAUCCAGGGCUUUACGCAGGUUUUAAAAGAAAAGGAGAAAGAGAUCGCAGAGCUGUGUCAUGAGAUCGAGGACAGAGACGACGCUUUGGCGAAGGCGAGAGAAGCAGCACAUAAAGCCCAACUGCAGAAAUACCAGGGAGUGGAGGAGCACCAAAAUCUAUUAAUGACCAAGCAGACAGAGCUCGCCCAACUCCAGGGGGAACACCACGCCAAGGUGCUGGAGGCCCAAAAGCUGCAGCGCGGCCUGGACAGGAAGGAGCAAGAGCUGGCCGACUUGCAACAGGCGAAGGACCAGCUGGAGGUGGAACUGGAGGACAUGCAACAGCAGAAGAAGAAGGGAGACAAGGCCCUGAAUGAUCUGAACAAUCAGCUCAAAAAGCUGAGUGGUGAGAUCGGCGACAGGGAGAGUGCUCUGCAGCAGCAGUACCAGGAGCUGUUGGAUCAAACCAAAAGAAAAGUGCAGGCCCAUGAAGUCACCAUCCAGCGGCUCACAUCCACUCUGUCCGAUAAAGAGCAGCAGCUGCAGGAGUACAUAAACAUGGUCAGAGACUUUGAGCAAAGCAAAAGUCCAGGAGGAAACGAUAAUGUGCUUUCCAAGCUGCGGCAAAGGCUGAAAGAAAAGGAGAAGGCUCUGGAGCAAGCGCUGGAUGAGAAGUUUGCUGCAAUUGAGGAGAAAGACAAUGAGAUACACCAGCUGCAGCUGUCUCUGAGGGAGAAGGAGAGAGACCUGGAUCGGCUCAAUAACUUGCUCUCUCACAACGAGGAAACCAUCAAUAGUUUUGACAGUCUGAUCAAGGAGAAGGACGUGGAGCUGCAGCAUCUUGUAAACACACUGAAGAACCUGCAGAGAGCCAAACAAGAUGUAGAAGAUAACCUGAACAGAUCUCUGAGGGAGAAGGACUCCAUCAUCAGCCAGCUCCAGCUCUCCCUGGAGGGCAAGACCAAAGAUAUGGAGGAAAUGGCCGCAUCAAUGCUAAACCAGUCGCAGACUAAUGCCCGGGACCUUGCUGAACAGAUGGGCCAGAGGUUAAAGGUCACGGAGGCGAUGUUGGCUGAGGCUGUGAAGGCCAGGGGAAGGCUGGUUGCUGACAAUGAGAGCGCUGUGGAAGGACUGCUGGCUACAAUCAGCAGCAAGGACCAGCUGCUCAAGGAGUCUGCAGAGCACUACAACCGCAUGCUUUCUGAGCGCACUCAAGAGAUCCAGGAUCUGCGGAGGCAGCUGUCUGACAGGCAGCAGAAACUGGCCUCCGCCGAGAGGCAAAGCUCCACGACAGCCCAGGAGAGUUAUUCAGACACGGCAGAGCUCAGAGCCCUGCUUGUUGAAAAAGACAGCGUCAUCAACAAGCUUCUGCAGCGAGGUCAGGAGAGGGACCAGUUCCUGACUGAGAUGAGGCAGAAGGACGAGCCGGAUCAUGUGUUGGAGCUCAGACAAACUAUCCAGAUCAUGCAGGAGAAGAUGGAGGAGAGGGAAGCUGAAGUGUCCCGGAGGAACAGUGAGGAUAAUGUGGAGAACAUUCUGCUCUCCAAGAAGACGGUCGUGGUCCUGAAGAAGGAGCUUGCACAGAAAACGGAGGCUCUGAAUAAAGCACUGAAGAGGGAGAAUGAACUGAAGAUUUCGUUGGCAGAGCUACAGUCUUUGCUGUCUGAGCUGAAGGGUCGUAACGAAGGUCAGGCUGCUAAUGUUGAGUCCCUGACUGCCACUCUGGAGACCAAGGAUGAGAUCAUUGAUACUCUCCACCAGCGCCUCGGUCAGAGAGGGGACAGUCGGGCGGAUCAUACCCACGAUCAGAUCGCUUGCUCGGGCAUGGAGAGAUCCCUCCCGGGGCUCCCUCAGAGAGAGAGAACCCUGAUUGGUGGAGAUAGCCAGCAAGAAGCUUUGCCUAACCCUAGAGCCUUGCAACGGGAGCAUGAUGCUCUGAAUAAAGCCCUGAGGGCCGAGCAGCAGCUCUACUCCAGCCUGGUCCGGACUGUAAAGGAGCAGGACAGCGCCCAGCGUCUCCAUGCUCUGCAGCUGGAGCUGACAGCAGUGCAACUCCUCAGGCAGCAGCUCGAGGAGAACAUUAAAACUAAUGAGGAGCUAAGGGACGACCUGGAGAGAGAGAUACACAGAGCCAAACUCAGAGAAGGUAUAGACGUGACGGAUCCUAAAGAACUGGAGAGCAUGACACAUCAGCUUGAAGAUGCUCAGCGCUGGAAUGCCUCUCUGCAGGCUCGAUUAGGAGCCAUACAGAGCCGGGGGGGAGGGGUCGGUGGGGCCAACGAUGAAGGCGACACUUUGACUUUGAUUGGAGAUCAGACUUCCUACAUGAGUAUCUGUGUGGAGGAGGUGCAGGGGGACAGCCCGUCUCUGCUCUCUGCACAGGAGCUCAGGCAGAAGGUGCUGGAGCUGCAGGAUUCGUGCAGCAGACUGCAGACUUUAAACACCGAGCUUCAGAACCGGCUGUCAUUAUUGGAGAAGUCCGACAAGGAAGUCAAAGACGUGGCCAGCAGUGGCCCCUUGAAACAGCAGCUUGAGAAGACGCAGGAGGUGCCGCCUCACAGUAACGGGACACGUCACUCUGUUCUGCACAAAGAGAGUCAGACGGACAUCAAACUAGGACAGAUGGUGUCUGAUAUGAGUAUGGACAGUGGCCUUGGCCAGAGUAGAGAGCACGCUCAGUCUGGCAACGCCACCUUGGACACUGGAGAGAAAGAGUCGAGGCCGAGGAACACGGAUGUGAUGGCACUUAAAUCCCUGCUGACUCAUUGUGGGGCCCCAUCAGUCUCACACCUCAGAGAGGAGCUGCUCAGACUUAGAUCAGAAAAUAUGGAGCUGCGGGGUCUCCUGAAAGAACAAACAUCCACGGAGUGUAAAGAGAAAGAGAGCACAGACGCCUCGGGGAACAGCAGCGAUGGACAAGCUGAAUUGAGAAAGAGCGUCGAAACACUGCAGGCCGAGUCAAAAGGUCACUGUAAGGUCAUCAAUCUGUCGAAGGACAAGGGGGAGAGGAACUCUAACGAUGUGUGGGACGGGGUGACCCCGGUCACCACUGAGCUAAGUGUCAGCGGCACAGAGGGGACGGAGAGUUCACAAACUAAAGGCCAGUCACACAGCAAGAGUGCAAAGCAGCAUGUCGCACGGCAUGGGGAUGGUGUUAAAUCUCGCCUGCCGGUCCCUGUGAGGCUGAGAGUGGAGGCCAGCAGCAGCCGGUCUGUGAGCUCUGACCAUCUUAAAACUGAUGCUCUUCAGCACCUUCACCUGGAUGCUGUAUACGGGUCUGAGCAGCAGCUGCAUGGAGACUCAGACUCCCACAUGUCACCCCAGCACAGCACUUCCCCUUCUUCCACUUUCAGAUACGCACAUCGUAUCGUCAGUCCAGUGGCGUCGGACAAAGGCUCUGAAGCUGGAACAACACUGGAUCACACCCAGGCCGACUCUGCUCUCUUCACUCAGCUGGAGCUCCUCCACCAGGAGUGUCAGGAGAAAGAGACCCUGAUCAACAAGCUAAGUGAGCAGCUAGCUGAUUGGGAGGAGCUCCACUCUCAGCUCCAGGAAAAGGACAGGCUCAAUCACCAGUACGUGGAGGCUUUACAGGCUGCAGAAUCCACCAUCGCUUACCUGACCGCCUGCAGUCUGGACAGCCAGGGAGGAUUUGGGUCGCACGCCAGUCCUGUGGGUUCAGAUUCUGUUCUUUACAGCAGGUGCAUGGAGCUGCAAAAAGCCCUACUGGAGAAGGAGGAGCUCAACAAGCAGCUUAUAGAGCUUCUGAACAUGGCAGAGAAAGCCAUCGCCUCCACUGACGGCCAACAAAAGAUUCCAGAAAUCAGUGAUUUAUGUUUGAAGAUAGAGAUGGCCUUGCAGCAGGUGAACGCAUCUUCAAAUAGACAGAGUCCAAGAGGUGUUUUUGGAGGCACGGAGGACUCUCUGCAGGAGUUGCAACGUCACACAGACUCUUUGCAGGAGGCGCUGUGGCAGGAGAAUAGACUUAAUGCAGAGCUGCAGGAAAAACUGAGAGCUGCGGAGGCUGCUGCUCAACACGCCUACAUCAGUGACCAGAAUGGUAAAUGUUCGAGGCAGACGGCAGCACAGUCACUUAAGGAGAAGGAGUCAAAGGGACGCCAAUGGGCAGUGGGAAGUAGUGAGGUCAGUUUAAAUCAGGAGAUGACCAGAGUUCUGAUGAACUGCCUCAGUGCAGCAGAGUCUGCCGUGGCCUCCUUGGCAGCUCACUGUACAAAUCCCAGCUCCUUGUCUCCUGGUAGACCCUCACAGACCAGCACCGACCUGCGCAUUACUUUAGACAAACUUCAGAGAGCCCUGCAGGAGAGGAAGGAACUGGGAGAGCCGACCCAGACAGGCGUCUAUCAGUCCACUGCUUCAGCUGGAACAAAGGAACAGCUUCACCAAGAGCUCCAUAACAACCUCUGCCACCUGUACAAGGUGUUCAGUGAUCUCCACGAGAGAGUCUCUGAAGAAGAGCGGGGCUGUAGAGAGGAGAGCGAGGUCCACAGGACGGUGCUGGAUGCAAAGGGAUUACCUCCGAGUGUCCAGGUGCAACUGGAGACUCUGCACAAGGCCCUGAGGGAGAAGAAGAAAGCGUGUAAAAGCCUGGAGGAGAAACUGGCCACGGCUCUCACCUCCCCGGAAACUGCACGGAGAGCUCUGGAGCAGGAUGACAAAGGCGUGCAGGUGGAUUUGCAGGACCUGGGUUACGAAACCAGUGGCAAGAGUGAGAACGAUAGGGAAGAGAGCAGUAGCACAGAUGUAGAGGUCGGUGUGAACCCUAGCUGCAGCGCCUCCAGCCUGCCCUCCCAACACGAGGCCACCUUCUCCUCCACCGAGAACCUGGACUCCACCUCCAGCACCCCGUACCCGAGUUCCCCCGCUCUCAGCUCUGCCAAGUUGAGUCUGAAGAGCCUGCAGGUCUAUGAUGAGUACGGGGUUUCUAAGGACCCUCUGCAGCUUCAGGGACAAGUCAGAGAGCUGAAGGUCCAGCUGGAAAAUCAGACCAAACUCAUCCUGCAAAUGCAAAGUUUUCUGCGUAGGACCUCUCUCUCCAGUGACCUCGUGGCCUCUGAUCGCUCGACCAUCAGGGAUCAGGUGGGCACGCAGAGAGAGGACCACAGCCAAGAUCUGAGCUACAGAAGUGGGCAGCUAAGGGAGAACAAGGAGGAGAACCAGGCGAUGAAGGAUGAGAGCAGCCUUCUGAAUAUGGGGCUGGAAAGAGAGACUCUGAACAGGAGCAUCAGUGAACAGCUGCAGCCGCCCCGCAGCAGCUCCACCUCACCUGCAAGACUGGACUCCCUGGUGCAGUCGCAGGCCAGGGAGCUGUCGCAACUGAGGCAGCAGAUCAAGGAGAGCCGCAGGCUGGGAGCCCUGCAGCGCCGGCAGCUGGAUGAGCUGAGCAAGGCCUUCAAGGAGCUGCUGCAGGCCAGCGAGGUCGACUACUACAAGGGGGAGGCGGUCAAAGAGCUGCUGGACAAGAGCCUGAGCAUCCUGGACAGACUGGAGGGACGGCUGGACAAAGGAGAGUCUCGUCUGGACAAUGAGGACGUGGCGGCCCUGGAACUGUCUCGCAGGUUGGCGAAAGAGCUGCAGGAGAAGAACCGUCUGAUCCAGAGCCUGCAGAGCCAGUUCAGAGGUCUCAGUCCCAGCAGCCACCACGGCUCUCAGUCUGAUCUGUACCACUCAGACAGGACCCCCUCCUCCUGCCACAGCAGCCCCACCCCUCACAGCCAGCGACACCCCUCUGAUUGGACGGGAGCAUCUCCUGUGGGAGGAGCUCAGGAGGACGGUGUGUGUGGUGCCGGCAGGCUGCAGGGCCUGCACAGGGAGAACGGGCGACUACAGGAUCAGCUGAGGAGCCACGAGGAGCUCAACGCCACCCUGCGCAGCGAACUGGACCUGCAUCGCUCAAUUAUGGCCCAGAGCAGCUCCCACCAUCAGGAGCGGGACCGGGACCGGGACCGGGACGGAUCAGGACCUCAGACAGAUGCUCAUAAACAAGAUGGAGACGUCGGCUCACAGAAUGCUGCUGAACAGCCUCGCACAAUGAGUUCAGACCUGUUGGCAGAACAUCUGCAGGAGAUCCGAGCUUUGCGACAGCGCCUGGAGGAGAGCAUCCGCACCAACGACCGUCUCCGGGAGCAGCUGGAGAAGAGACUAGCGGAGGUGGAGAAAGACCCAGCAGCCACCAACAUCUUCAUCCACGGCAGCGAGGAGCAGGGUCAGCUGGCCAAUGAGGUGCGAUUCCUCUGGGGACAAAACCAAGUUCUGAAAGAGCAGCUGAGCCUGGGGUCUCGAGACAAGCAGAAGGAGAACGAGAAGCUACGGGAGACUCUGGCCAGGCGGACGGCCAAACUGGAGCAGUGCAGGAGGGAGUGUGAAGCUCUGAGGCAAGAACACAGCCGACUGCAGGAGAGGCUGGAGCUCAGCAGCCAGGAAACCUCCCAGCUGCAGGAGACACUGCACUACAGCAAGGAGGAGCUGCACAGGUUUCAGUGUGAGGCGAAGCUCCAGAGGCAGCAGUUGUCUGACUCCCAACAUCUUCUGCAGUCGCUGCGUGUCGAGCUGCAAGUUUACGAAAAGAUCAAAACUGAAGCUCACAAACUCAACGCAGAGUCCAGCGAGGCGACACAGGAGCCCGUCUCCGGCUCAGUGGACCUGAGCGAGCUGCUGCUGGAGAUCCGACGCCUGAGGCUGCAGCUGGAGAGAAGCAUCCAGACCAACACGGCACUGCGACAGAGACUGGAGGAGCAGCUGCUCCGAGAACCCAACCGCUCUGAAACCAUCAACAUCAACUACCUGCUGUCCUCUCCAGAUGAAGGCGGCAGGUCACCCGGUCGGGAAGGCGGCCAUCCUCCCCGCCACUCAUUUCAGAGUCACAACGAACACACCAGUGAGGUGGACGGAGGCUCAUUCAGCAGCAGCUCUGGUGACAGCGCCUCCGCCCCCUCUCGCCUGGUGCCGGGCCAUCGGAUGUGGGCCAAUCGUAACGGACGCCAUAUUUUGGGUCUGAUUGAGGACUACAACGCCCUCCGCAAGCAGAUCUCAGAGGGCCGGAAGCUGUCGCGCAGCAUGGACGCACAACUGCAGGAGAGCCUGCACACGCUCAGACCGCAGAGCUCCGACAGCAAGGUGGACCAGCAGCACCUGAAGAGUUUGUCCGGCAGCAUGAGCGCCAUGCAGCACGUGUUGGAGGAGGCCGGUCGAAUGCUCAAGCUGGUGUGGAGAGUUUCUCUGCCGAGCGGCAACACGGCGGGAGGCGACAACCGGCAGGAUGAGCUGCUGAAGAGCGAGAUCUCCAGACUGAAGAGCCGGCUGUCGCAGCAGGAGAGGAUGCUGAGCGGAGCCGUGAGACGCCUGCGGACAACCAACCAGCUCAAAGAGGGGAUGGAACAAGUGAUCAUCGAUCAGUUGUAUCUGACUCACGGCGUGUUGAAGAAAGCCCGGGGGAACUUAGAGACAAAUUACUGCAGCCUCUUUGGGCUGAAGGGACCAGACGGAGGAGGUUCCAGUGAAUGGCCAGUAGGAGGCGCUGCAGGCGCUCAGACACGUUUCCCCGUUUCAAGAACUACAGGCCGCCGCUCUGACUCCUCCGAGGAUCCCAACAGCGACGCGUCGUUACACUGCAGCUACUGACCGCUUCAGCGCCGUGAUUAUGUUCCCGCCUUUCUGUCCUGCUGUAAAACCGUCACCUCCCCCCCCCCCCCAAAGCCUUUUCUACUAUAAUUGCACAAAACCUGCUUGGAAUGAUUUAUUUAGGUACUGAAGUUGUAAACGUUUGUUUUAAAAGAGAAGAUGCCUUUGUAAAUAUGACUCUUUUAUAUGACGCGUAUAAGAACAUGAAAGUAUUUUAUUACUGUUUGUCGGUCAGCUGAUGUUUAUGAUGAUGUGUUCAAAUGCAGUAAAGAAAACAAUUGAAGCCUG